UGCGUGCCGGCCUCCCUGCCCCGCCCAUCCGGCCGCUGCCGCCGCCAUGGAGUCCAACCGGGACGAGGCGGAGCGGUGUAUCUCCAUCGCCGUGGGCGCCAUCAAGGCCAACCAGCCCGACAAGGCGCGCCGCUUCCUGGAGAAGGCGCAGCGCCUCUUCCCCUCGCAGCGGGUCCGCGUGCUGCUCGAAGCCCUCAAGAAGAAUGAACAGCCAUCAAAUGGCCAGUCUCAGUCCCGGGAGUCUACAAAUCCCCAUUUCAGGAAAAUGAGUGGAGACUUCCCAUCAGCCAAUGGGGAGGCAGGUGGGGAGAGUAGCAAAGGUUACACCCAGGACCAGGUGGAUGCAGUUAAGAGGGUAAAACAGUGUAAAGAUUACUAUGAAAUUCUGGGAGUAAACAGAGAAGCCUCUGAUGAGGACCUGAAAAAGGCUUACCGAAAACUAGCACUGAAAUUUCACCCAGAUAAGAACCAUGCACCAGGUGCUACAGAGGCAUUUAAAGCCAUUGGUAAUGCAUAUGCAGUGUUGAGCAACGCAGAAAAGAGGAAGCAGUAUGACCAGUUUGGAGAUGAGAAACUCAACCCUACACGACAUGGACACAGUCAUGCAGAUUUUCACCGUGGAUUUGAAGCUGACAUCUCACCUGAAGAUCUCUUCAACAUGUUCUUUGGUGGUGGUUUUCCUUCUAGUAAUGUUCAUGUGUACAGCAAUGGCAGGAUGCGAUAUACCUACCAUCAGAGGCAGGACAGGAGAGAACAUCAGGGUGAUGGUGGCCUUGGCUUGUUUGUCCAGCUGAUGCCUAUUCUUAUCCUGAUCAUUGUGUCAGCUCUCAGCCAGAUGAUGGUCUCCAGUCCACCUUACAGCUUGAGCCACAGACCGUCUGUUGGGCAUGUACAGAGGAGGGUGACUGAGCACUUGAAAGUAGUUUACUAUGUAACUGAGAACUUUGCAGAAGAGUACACUGGCACAAACCUGAAAAAUGUUGAAAGAAGUGUGGAAGAUGACUACAUUGCAAAUCUUAGAAAUAACUGCUGGAAGGAAAAGCAACAGAAGGAAGGCUUAUUAUACCGGGCACGCUACUUUGGAGAUUCAGAUCUGUAUCAGAGAGCACAGAGGAUGGGCACUCCAAGCUGUAGCAGGUUGUCUGAAGUUCAAGCCUCCAUGCACGGAUAAUUGCUGCCAGACCCUUCGUGGAGGUCUAAACUCUUGAAAUGCCUGAAGACUUUUGGUGAAGUGCACUGAGCCAAGGUGACAGACUUUGUUUUAAAGAAUCAAACCUUAAAUUAAAAUGGAAUUGGAGAAUUAGCAACGCACAACUGCCCUCUUUCUUCUCUCUCACUGUCUGUCUGUCUGUCUCCAGCGUUAGACGUCUCAGGCAGCAGCUAGAACAGGAAAUAAAGCUGCCUGCCUUCUUCCCUUCUUUCCAACACCACUAGAGUGCGACAGUCUAGUUUCUACUAGGAUACAGCAACCAUGAGAACAAAUGUAGAGUGUAAAAUAAACAAAAACUCCCACACCAAACUGCAGCAAGCCAUGAAGCAGAGGAGACCCUUCCAUGAUUGCACUGGUCACUUCAAACGGAGAGAGAACUUGGAAGACUUUUAGAAAUAAAACCAAUUAAAAAAAAGAAAAUCUAUUUAGAAUUAAUUUAUAGCUGUAUAUAUGUUGGACUUUUAAACUAUGCAGGGGGUGGAUUAAAUUAUUUAGUUUACUAAUUUGGGCAGAAAACUAAAGCCUGAGCUGCAACUGGUUUCUGGUGCUGCCCAUCUCUGUGAACCUUUCCUAUUUGACACACUAAAACUAGAAUUACUUUGCAUUAUUUUGCUGUUGUUGAUAAAAAUAUGAAUUGAUGAGUUUCAGGGUUUUUUAUUAAAAAAAAAAAAAAUUCAGAUCUGCAGGAAGAAAGAACCUUGGUGAAAUUGGCCAAACUGAUUUGUCUUUGCUAUGUUGACAUAAGUGGUGGCAGGUCUACUGGGUGAGUGGUGGCAGGUCUACUGGGUGCUGGAACCUCAUUCAGCAAGGAGAGGACUGUCCAAAACGGUCUUAGCUCAUCAGUGUUCAAUUUGCAUAUGUGCGUAAUAUUUUUUUGGCAGUUUGCCUUGUAAUCAGUGUGUACCAUUAGUUCUGUAAACAGAGAUUGCCAUAAGCUUUGUCCUUUUUGUUGUUUCUCCUGAACUUUGAAUGCCUCAUUCACCAGCACUCUCCUGUCUGCAGUAUGGCUGUUACCUUGGCAGGGCACUUCUGGUGUUUCUUUGAGGAAACCUGUAACCUGUAUGGACAUGCCUAAAAAACAGAGCCUUUGGUUGCUUCUGUUGAAAGAAGUUUAUGCGAUGGUCUCAUUUGCAGGAGAGAUCAGAAAGAGGGAAAUGGUUAUUUAUUAGUUACUUAAUUGGGCUUUGCAGUGACUCAGUUAGUAGAUUACAGCUAAUUUUUACCCAUUUUAUAGCAAUGGUUUUUCCAACCUUGCAUUUAGAAGCUGGAGUGUUGCUGCUAAAAGCCUGCAUUUACCUGCUUUUAUCAGAUUUAGGUUACAGCAGCAGGAUGUUGUUUAAGUGCCGGGCCUCAGGACCCAGAUUAGAGUAGCAGGAUAGUGCUCGAGAUUAUAUUAUGUCUCUUUGUCAUGCUCCCCAAGAGAAGCAAAAUUCAAACGAGCUAAGUUACCAUUAGUAGAAUAAACUGGACUUUUCUCUAUCCUGCUGUUACAUUUUUUUUAAAGAUCUCUCUAUAAGAACAGCUCCCAGGCUUCCCUUAAGGGGAAAUUUAUCAAAGCAGCAAUGGUUGCCAUGUAAAAUGAUUUGGGGCUGGAAGAAGUGCGAGAGGGCUUUGUUCUCAAAUCCAGAAGAUCAAUUUGGUUUUUUUUGUUUAGUUUUUUGGCUGUCUAUUUAACAAAAUGCCAGAGAGCCCUCCUGUUAAUUGUAAGCCUUACCAUCACUCUACUUUUUUUAUUCUGAUCUGAUUUCAUUUAUUGAAAGAUCACCCUCAUGUCUCCUAGGGGAGUACGGUUGGAAUCUAAAUAUUUUUGGAAUAAAUGCCCUUUGUAGUAGUGUAAGCUACUCAGCAUGCAGAGUUCACUGGGGAAUUCAAAUGAAACUUAUGUUUGCAGAAGGUGCUGAAUGUUUUACAAAAUUGGACUCUAUCCAGUGCCCACCCAAACCUUUUGAUUUCUCAAGUAGAUAUCAUGGAUGGUCUGAGUUACGUGCAAUAAAGCAUAGAUCCUAAUGGAUGCUCACAGAAGCUGUAUUUCUUGAUUUACAAUUGAUUAUAAAAUUGUACAUCUAUAAAUAAAUGUUUAUAAUGUGA